AUGGGAAUAAUCUCUUCUCCACAGCACAUGUCUAAAAGACAAAGUGAAGAGGAAGAGAGUAUUAGCUACGCAAAUGAGAGUUUUGGGGAGGAGUGAUAUUCCUCUGAAGAAGAGGACCCUGUGGUACCCAACUUCUUGCCUCUUCAGAGUCUUGUCUAUCAGGUUAAGUGCCUUUUAAAAUAUUCUACAACUUGAAAACUUUUAAAUCCUAUUGCACCAGUCUAUAUACCUCAAGAACUAUGUCUAAGAUUCUCCCAUUACUUCCAUUCUGUUACCAACGAACUGAUUUCUGAAUGGCCUCCCCAGGCUUCUUGCGGAGUCCCACCUUUUUUAAUUCCCCUUGUAAGUCCCAGCCGUUCUAGAGAUCAUGCCACUCUAAAUGGAGCACUGCAAUUUGCCACAGUUAAGCUGAAUGUUGACAGAGUCAUUCCCAUACCUGAUACCUAAAACAUCCCCAAUUCAUGUGUUUCUAGUUGUUGCUAUGGCUGGCUAACUAAAAUAGUUUAGGAAACAACAGACGCUGAACUCAUUGUCACGACUUACUCUUACAUUAACUUUCAAAAGGCGGUUUACAAACUCUGAACUGCAUCACAUAACCAUUUCAGCCAUCAGAAUUUCCAGCUGCUGUUCACAGCCACGGCUCUGCGCUACCCAAUGGCCAUGGGUCUCAACAAGGGCCACAAGGUGACCAAGAACGUGAGCAAACCGAAGCACAGCCACCGCCCCGGGCGCCUCGCCAAACACGCGAAGUUCGUCCGGUACGUGAUUGGAGACGUGCGGGGCAAAGCGGUGUGCUGUGGACUUGCUCAAGGUCUCCAGGGACAAACGGGCCCUCAAGUUCAUCAAGAAAAGCGUGGGCCUGGCUGCCGGGAGGAAAGCAGCUGCCAAGAAGGACUGAACCACUCUCCCCUCUGUGCCCAGUAA